UUAAUGAUUCUUGCAUUUAUUUUUAGUUGUAUCUUCAUCCUUUCUCUUUCUUGUAUUUUCUUAAGUUUCUCUUUAUUCAUUACUUUCUUUUCUUUUCUUUCAAACAUUACCCACAUGUAAAAAUGGCUUCUGCUUCAUCUUUCACCUUACCCUGCAAAACCCCCUUUGAAGUUUUCCUUAGCUUUAGACGUCCUGAUACAGGUGAAAGUUUUACCAGCCAUCUUUAUAAAGCUUUGAGUGAUGAAAAUAUCCAAACUUUCAUAGACAAAGGACUUGAAAGAGGAAAAGAGAUAGAAUCAUCCCUGUUGAAAGGUAUCGAAGAAUCUGAAAUUUCAGUGAUCGUUUUCUCAAAAGGCUACGCUUCUUCUCCAUGGUGUCUGGAUGAACUCGUGAAGAUUCUUGAAUGCAGAAGAACAAUGGGACGGAUAGUUUUGCCCAUUUUCUACAGAGUGGAUCCAUCUGAUGUUGAAUCACAGAGUGGGAUCUUCGGAGAUGGAUUCCGAGAGAAUGAAGAACAGCACAUGGAGAGUACGUUGAGGGUGCAACGAUGGAGGAGUGCUUUGAAAGAAGCGGCCUCUAUUUCUGGCUGGGAUUCCAAGGAACACAGGCCUGAAUCUGUUUUAGUUGAGGCGGUUGUUAAAGCCGUUAAAGAAAAUUUAAGCACACUGUCCCAGAUGUCCCCAGUUGAUUCCAAUGGCUUUGUUGGAAUUGAAUCAUCCAUUGAACAAAUUCAGUCUCUCUUAUGCAUUGAAUCAGAAGAGAUUCGGUUUGUGGGAAUUUGGGGAAUGGGAGGCAUUGGCAAAUCAACCUGUGCUGAAAUUUUAUACCAUAGCAUCUCUGAUAAGUUCAAUGCUUCUUGCUUUCUUACAAAUGUUAAAGAAACAUUAAAGAAAGCUGGAUCAAUCUCGAUGCUGAGGGCUAUUCUUUCUAAAGUUCUAAAGCAUGGAGAUGUAGAUAUUGAAACUCCUAACAUAUUACCUGCUUCGAUUGCACGUAAGCUUCGAAGGAGGAAAGUUCUAAUAGUUCUUGAUGAUGUCAAUGAAGACAGUCUUAUUGUAAAUGGGAACUGGUUCGGUCCUGGAAGUAGGAUCAUUGUAACAAGUAGAGAUCUACAAGUGCUUAAGACAAGAGUUGAUGAACAAUAUAUAUACGAGAUUCAAGCAUUGUCUCACUAUGAUGCUCUUCAGUUAUUCAGUUUGAAUGCUACAAGGCAAAAACUCCCCCCUCUAGAUUAUAUGGAGUUCUCAGAAAAGGUGGUAAAAUAUGCUCAAGGUCUUCCAUUAGCACUUAAAGUUAUAGGUUCUCAUCUGUAUAAAAGGCCUAAGAGAGAAUGGGAAAUUGCAUUGGACAAACUAACAAAAUGUCCUGACUCAAAUAUUCAGAAAAUACUGAAAAUAAGCUAUGAUGAAUUGGAAGAAAUUGAGAAGGAUGUGUUCCUUGAUAUUGCUUGUUUCUUCAAAGGUGAAAACAAAUGUCAGGUGGAAAAUUAUCUGGUUGGAAGUUAUGGUGUUGCUACAAAUUGGGGAAUGAUUCGUUUGGUGGACAAAUAUCUCAUAACCAUUGUGCAUAACAAAUUGGAAAUGCAUGAUUUGAUACAAGAAAUUGGUCAAGAUAUUGCUCGACGAGAAGGAAGCAGAUUAUUGAAUACUAAAGAUUUUCAGCGUUUGUUGACCACAAAUAAGGGAAAGAGCAAAGUUAAAGGCAUAUUUUUGGAUAUGUCUAAAAUGGAAAAGCUGCACAUAGAUGAAGAAGCCUUCUCAGGAUUGGAUAAUUUAAAGUACCUCAAAGUUUACAGGUCGUCGUGUAAUUAUGGAGAUGCAGGCUUCAUAUUUGACUCAAAUUACUUGCAGUAUCUUCCAAAUGAGUUAAGGUUGCUCUAUUGGGAAGAAUAUCCUUGCGAGCUUUUGCCCACAAGCUUUCUUGCGGAGAAUCUUGUUGAGCUCAGUUUGCCAAGUAGCAAUAUUAAACGACUUUGGAGUGGAGAUCAGGCUCCUCAAAAGUUGAAAUAUCUGGAUCUUUUUAGAUGUAAACAAUUGAUUGAACUCCCAAAUCUAUCAUCAGCUACAAAUUUGAAGAGCAUAAGUCUUGUAAGUUGUAAGAGUUUAGUUGAGAUUCCCUCAUCGAUUCAACAUCUCAGCAAUCUCACUUCUCUUGAUCUUGAUGGCUGUAAAAAUUUGAAGAGUGUUCCAAGCCUCAGUAAACUAGAAUCUCUCGAGUAUCUUAGUCUUUCUUGGUGCUCAAAUAUAAACAUAGUUCCAGACCUUCCUAUGGGCAUUAAGGAGGUAUACUCAUAUGAUUCUGGAAUAGAAGAAUUGUCUUCAUCAAUGGAAUGUCUCUCUUCUCUUGUUCAUUUGGGUAUGGGGGAAUGUGUGAAGCUAAAGACCCUCCCAAGCAGCAUGUCUUUGUUGAAAUGCCUUCGAUGGCUUGAUCUUAAUGGCUGCUUAGGACUUGUCGAAAUUCCUGAUGACAUUGUCUCUUUGUCAUUGUUAGAAAAAUUGAGUCUAGACAACUGCAAUAGACUUCAAGGUUUGCCUGAGCUUCCAUGUCGACUAGGAAUACUCCGAGCAGGAAAUUGCACAUUGCUGGAAACUACAGUGUCAACUUCAUAUAUUAACCUACCAAAAUAUUCAGGGAGAAAAAACUAUGAAUUCAACUAUUGUAAUUGCGUAAAUUUGAACCAGAAUUCACGUUGCAACAUUGUAAAAGAUGCAAGACUAAGGAUUGAACAACUUGCCACUAACAACACAGAGAGUGGAGUGGGAUUUUUUGUUGGUUUACCUGGAAGUGAAAUACCAAGGUGGUUCAGCUAUGAAAACCCAAGAUCUUCAAUGGAUAUCAGGUUCCCUUUUGGUUGCUUUAACUCCAUGUUCCUGGGUUUCGCAUUUUCUGCCAUUUUAAGUUUCGAGGUUCCUGUUAUCGCUGCAAAGAUGUUGUUGAACUGUAAAUGCAAUUUCAAGAAUGUUAAAGGUGGCGAGAGGGAUUUCUCCAUUAUCGAAUAUUUUCCACCGGUAACUGUCCCUGAAUCAGAUCACCUAUUCCUUUGGUACAAGCACUACACCUAUUCAGAUGAUCUAUGCAAUGUGAAGGAGGCCACAUUCACUUUCACAGCAGAGUUGUUGAACUACAAUUUUGAUCAGUUAGAGUGUGAGAAAUACAAAUUAAAGGUGAAGAUUUGUGGAGUCCAUCUGAUGUAUGGGAAUGAAGAAGUUAACAAAUGCAAACCCAGCAGAGCAGAAACAAGUCUCUCAUUGCACUGUGGAGAAACCAAUCCAAACUUUAAAGAAUCAGUGCUUGAAACUGAAAGCAAUGACAAAAACAUCAGACUAGACUAUUUAAGCUCUAACCAGACAAAUGCAUUUACUGAUGGCAGAUCUGCGUGCGAGAAAGAAGAACCACUUUGUUUAAAUGUUUACUCUUCAAAUGCUGAAGAUGAGUGUGGCUACAACGAAACUAUGCUUCCUUUCUAUCACUACUUGUGGAUGUCGUGAGUUUCAAAACCUGAAUAGAUUCAGGCUCUCUUUUCAUUGAUUCAUCUUUAUCCAUUUCGAAAAUCAUUACACCAAAAUUUUAUGCAAUCUAACUUCGCAGAUUUUUUUAAAUAUUUUUUCUUAAAAAACAGGAUCGAAAACUGGAGGAUUAAAAUAU